AUGGCGGAGCGGUGCCGGGACGUGUGCGGGGUGCGCAUCGCCCCGGCCGAGCUGCGCUUCAGCGCGGUGCCGGGGAGCCGCUACCGCGCCGCGCUCACCGUGCAGAACCUGCGGGCAGGCGCCUGCCACCUGCGGCUGCUGCCGCCGCACCAGCCCCAGUUUAAAUUGAUUGUGGAAAAUCCAGAGAAACCCAUUGCAUCUGGACUUCAAGUUAAAGCUGUUGUGGAAUAUACUCCUAAGUGUGCAGAAGAUCUUCAGGAUAAACUAACUCUUUUAAUAGAUGAUGAUGUGGUUCAUAUCCCCGUGCUUGGAUUGAUUCCAUACUGUGAUCUGGAAAUAGAGUCAGAGGUUAAUUUUGGUGAAAUGAUUGCAAACAAUAAACUAGUUACUAAAGAGAUUAGUAUUUCUAACCGUGGAACAAUUUCAGGUGUAUUUAGAAUAUUAUAUGAUGGGGUUGUCCUGCUUAAUAUUAAACCUGCCAGAGGAGUUGUAAAGCCAAAAUCUGUAAGGAAAAUUAAAGUGGAUAUCUGCACAGAUGUACCCGGAGUCAUCAAAGAAAUGAUGAAAGUGGAGCUGGAAAGUCGUGGCUGCACUGAAGUUUGGAUCAAAGGUGUUGUGGUUGAACAAUUCCUUAAAGUUCUUGGAGUAAAUUGUGGAAAAGUACUGAAGUGCAUUAACUUUGGACCUCUUUAUUUUGGAACUUCAAAGACAGAACAAAUACAUUUAUACAAUGAAGGCCCUGAGUGUGUGGAUUGGGUUGCAGUACUGGAAGACAGUGCAAUUGGAGGAGAGAUAGCGACAGAUCUUCACGGGAGUACAGAUGCUGUUUUACAUGACUUAAGCGUGAAAACUAAAGAUGUAGAUGUUUCCAAUGUGAUCUUGUGUGUUCCCAACCAAGGAACUUUGCAGCCUUAUGAGAAAUCUUUGAUAACACUCUGCUUUAGUCUACAAAAACUUGAAAGAGACUUUGAAGUGAAUGAUGCAUCACUGGUUCAAGAUUAUGUCCUGUUUCUGAGAUUUGAAACUGUUGGGAAGAGAGGUGACUGUCUGCAGGACCUCAGUGGUCCAGCAACCACAAGGAGUGAUUCUCUUCACGUGGACUUAGCUUUAACGGGUUCUGGGUUUCCUGUGAUAUUAACUUUUAAGCCAGGAACAGUACUUAAUUUUGAGGACUGUUAUUUGGGUGAACAAACACAAGUUGUGUGCACGAUGAAAAAUGAAUCCAAGUUCCUUCCACUAAUGUUCAGAUUCUGCAAGACUGCUCACUUCAGUGUUUCUCCUGCAAGAGGAAAACUUAAAAAAAAUUCUGAAAAGGAAGUGGUGAUUUCAUUUUCUCCACAUCAAAUAGGAACAUUUGAGAUGAAGCAAAUUAUUGAUAUCGUUGGUAUGGGAGUAGAUAAAAGUAAUGUAGCUGUUUUGAAGACAAAACCCUUUCAUCAAAUAUAUUUGACCUUACUUGGUGUGUGCAAAUGUAAACAAACAAGCGUUGUAUUUACAAUUAAUCCUGGUCUAACACCCUUGAUUUCCAAUGCAACUGGACAGUUUGUAGUUCGUAGUACAGGACAACUCAGUGAUACAGCACCUGUGGCAAUCCUUAAAUCAACCCAAACACAAAUUCAUACUCAUCGGAAAAACAGGAAUUGCGAGGAUAAUGCACUUAUAGCCUUUCCUAAUGAUCGUGCAGCCAGCCUUAGGCCUAGUGAAUGGAAUAAAAAGUACAGGACUAUUUUCACAAAAACUGAGAGAUAUAAUUACAUAGACCCAGAAUUCGCUUAUACUCAUUCUGAACAACUGUUAAGAGAAGAAAACAAGAAACACUAUGCACACUUCAUUUCCUGUUUAAGACAGCGUCGUUUAGAAAAAAAGGCUAUUAGGCAGUUUUGUGUUUAUAACAAUCCUGUGAGCAUAGGCAUUAAAUCAGCUGAAGGUCUUAAGUCACCAAACAUCUCAAUCACAGAGUUUUCCAUGGAGAAGCCACAGCCCAAAAUGCUUUCUUUAGAUGACAAUGGCGUGUUAACUAGUCGAAAAUUGGAAGCAAUUGUUUCCAAAUCUACAAACAAAGGAGUUUGGAGCUGGCUUAGUCCUAUGCCAUCUUCUGCCCAGGAGAAGAGAGAUUGUAGUCUAACUUUGACAAACAAACAGCUUCAUCAAAUAUUUAUUGGUCCUUCUACUAUAGAUUUUGGUGAGGUUUGUGUUUAUUCUACAACAACCAAAGAACUGCACAUCAUCAAUAACUUGUCAGUUCAUAUUUGGAUACAAAUUGAAAUUGAAGUUGCAGAAUUGCAGGAGACGUCUCCAUUGUCUCAGGUGGUGCCUCCUCUUACAAAAACUCAUAUUCCAGUUGUGUUUGAGACAACCACUGUUGGAAUGUUUAAAAACUCUUUCAAUUAUAAAAUAAACAACCAACACAUAGGACAUGUACUGGUGAUUGCACAUGCAAUGCCUAUUGAACUUCACCUGUCCAAAAGGGAGCUGAUUUUGAAUCCUAUUCCUGGCUGCCUAGCAGGGACAGAGUUUAGAAGAACUGUCAGGAUAUGCAAUCCCAGAAACCGUCCUGUUGGCUUUACUUGGAGACCUCUAACUGGAGAUAGAAAAUCUGCAUUUACUGUAAAGCCAACCAGAGGGUUUGUGGAGGCCUAUAGUGAUGUGGAGUGUGAAGUUGUUUGGCAUCCAGGGUUCAACACUCCAGAAACAGCACAAUUGACCUUGUGUGUGCGCAAAGGAAAUUCAAUUCACUUGAAAUGUUUUGCAAAGCUUGGUACUACUAGAGUUCAGUUUGUGGCUGAAAGUGUAUCCUUUGCUCACAGUCCAAUUGGUUUCACUACUUGUAAGACAGCCACUAUUCUAAACACAGGAUGCAACCAUGCAUACUUCAAAGUUCUUGACUCCAACCUACUGCCUGGAUUGAAAAUCUCACCCACUGAAGGAGUGAUACCGGCAGGAGGCCUUGCUAAUUUCACAAUCUCUUUCACUCCAAAGGCACACAUGAGUUUUCACAAAAAAUUUGAGGUAGUAGUGAGGAAUGCAGCAGGACUCACACUUAAGAUCAAUGGAUUUUCAGAGAUCCCUGAAAUAGGCAUUGAUGUGGGAAGAUUUGAAUAUAAAGGUGUUCAUUUAGGCGCUACAAAAUCAAUUCCAUUUUUGCUGCAGAACAAAGGACAGUCUUGUACCAGAGUGCAGUUUGAUUUUAAAAAUCAUAAGGAUUUUAAAUUGGAUGCUGAAAAAAAGUCAGUGAUUGACCAUUCUCCUUCAGAGCCUUAUCUCUAUUCAGUUUACUUAGAGGAAGGGGCAUCUUUGGAAUGCUUCUUGACCUUUAAUCCAAAAGAGGUGGGUGUAUGUGACUUCAUUCUCCCAAUUGCUGUUCUUCGGGCCAGUUCCCCAGCUGCAGUUCUUGUGCCUCUGAAGCAUGGUGCCUCCCCGCCUCUGCCACCCCCGGAGAUCCCAGCUCUGCCCAGCUGUCAAGUCAGAGCUACUGUACUUCAACCAUUUUUGAAGUUCUCCUCAAUGGAAUUUAAAUUUGAACAACAUUCGAGUAACAUGCAUUCCAGUACCGCUGAUAGCAUGAAUUCUCAGAACCUUGUCAUGAAGUGUGCCUCAGCAGAGCGUGUAACAUGGCAAUUGGAUUUUGAUGAGGCAGACAAAAAUAUAAAAGAUGGUAUUUUCAGAUUUAGUCUGACGAGUGGGUAUCUUUGUGAAGAAGAAGAAGUCAGUAUUUCUGUGUCCUUCUGGCCUCCUUGUCCUGGGACAUACACAUCUGAAAUACCCAUGUAUCUAAAUAAUAGUCCAUCACGAUACAUGCUAAAAUUGUCUGGCACGCUGAGGUCACCAAAAAUAAAUUUUCACCCCCCCUUUUUAAUGCUGAUGCCAGUUCCGCUGGGUGUGGAAACUGAAGUAGUCGUCACCAUCAUUCCACAGGAUUUUAUAAGGCAAUCACGAAUUAGAGUUAGACUUCCUGAGCUUGAACUUGCAGAUGGUACCAAGACUUGUCCUUUUUCUGUGCAGUUCCCAGAGGGACAAAAUAUUGUUCUUUCAUCAGAUGGCACAGCUAAUGAGCUGACCUGCCGUAUCAGCUUCAGCUCAUCCAAGCCAAUGUCAUUUUUAGGGGAAAUGCUCCUCAUCGAUCAAGAAGACAACAGGUUCUCAUUUCAGGUUGCUGGAACAGCAGACAAUUGUCUUCUCACCUUAUACCCAUACUUGGCAUUGCACCGCUCUGAUCAAAAGAUUAUCUGGAGAAGCAACAGUAAAGACUUCAACACUGGAGAAGUUGUUUUACAGCCAUGUCGUACACCACCAUCACCUUCACAUAGCCAUUCCACAAGUUCUUUAGGUGCAAAUAGUGGCUCAACUUGUGAAGAUUCUCUGUCAGAGAGUAUCACUGAUGAAAGUGAGAGUGAUGCGUAUGAAAGUGAAGAGGAUGAAGAAAAAAGUGAAGGGAGUGAAACUGACAGUGAAAGUGAUGGGAAAGGAAAUGAGUGUGAAUUAUCAUUUUUUCCUGAUGAAGAUAAAGAGGAGUACAUCUUCUUUCAGAAGACCCUAGAUGCUGUCAAGAGUUGGUUCACACUCUUUGGUUGGCCUACGGGACAAAAUCCUAUUUCAAUACCUUAUUCAUUGAGAUGUGAUGUGUGUAUAGUCCAGCUAACUGUUGCACAAGAAACUACUUUUAAACGAAAGGCUGACAAAGAUAAGUGUUUUUAUGAUAUGUUCUUGCAUCUGAAUGGACAACCAAUACAAGGCAUUGCUGCGAGCCAGCCAUUGCCCCGUGAUCCAGUAGAAAGAAUGUUCCAACUCCACUGGCAGCAUUCUGAAUUGCUCUGCUUCCUUAAAAGCAAAGGAGCAUAUCUUUCUCAUGUUAUGCCAGAAUUUCUGCUUGCACCUGAAGAUUAUGAGCUAUGGACUGAAGUGAAUACUGGACUGAGGUGUUUUGUACCUGAAGUGAAGAGAGGAAGCAUGAGAAGCUCAGGCAACUUAAGUGGCAAUCGUAUUUUUGUUCUGGAGAACAGAACGUUUGAGACAAUGAGCAAACGAGCUUGGACAGAUGUGCUGCUGCAGAUGUACAAGGUGUUUGUUCUUCCACGUGUUUCUUCCCGUAUGGUUCCUGACCCAUUGAGCUUGGAAAGCUUGCAGAACAUGCCAGGAAUAAAAUCAGAACCCUUAUGCAGUAAUAUAUAUUCUCGAUAUGAACGAACCAUCCUCAUCUGGUUGAAUAAAUAUUAUGAGAAAAAUCGAAAAAUUGUGUGGAAAGAUAGUCAAAGAGGUGGAAUACCACCCAUGAGAUGGAUAGUGAAUUUUGACCACGACCUUCUGGAUGGUCUGGUGUUGGCAGCACUGGUGGCAGCUUAUUGUCCAUAUUUGAUUCCCACUCACUUCAUAAAGAUGUAUACUAAUCCAAGAACUCAGGAACAGUUUUUUCACAACUCCUUGGUACUUGUGAAGGCUCUGCAUGCUAUCAAUCUGGAUAUGGGCGUAAACGCCACUGAUAUCUGUGACCCAAAUCCUGUCAUGAUGCUUAUUUUGUGUGUCCACCUGUAUGACACUCUCCCUCACUACUUACCCAAGAACACAAUAGAAUUUGCAGGUGCUCUCCAUGCAACUAUUGUGAAGCAGCUGUGCCUGAAGAACCCGAGCAAUUGCAAUUUGGCCUACAACGCUAUUCUUGUGGGAAGAGAUGCUGAGGAGUUCUCUUUACCUAAAGGAAACACUGUUACCCUUCCUCCUAUGAGACAAGGCUUUGUAAAUGUGGAAUUCACAAUUCGUUUCCUGCACCCUGCUGAAGCAGUAUUGCUACUGAUCUCAGAUAAAGUUGGAGUACAUGGUGCCACACUGACAUUCUCUCUGAAAUCUGAAGUUAAGAAUAUUGAUCCUCUUGGUAUGAUAAAGUGCAGAUCCCCAUGUUAUGAGCUGAAGAAAUUUAACCUGAAUGUUACCAAUCCCUUCAAAACUGAUGGCAUAUUCAGGGUAAUCUUGCUGGAAUCCACACAUUUGCUCCACCCAGAGAAAGUGUAUCAAGCCAGGCAAGUAAAGCAAGAACAAAAGUUUAGUUCUGAAAAUAGCAUAUUAAGUUCAAAAAAUGGUGGACUGCUUGAAGAUUCAAAGAAAGACACUUGCCCUGAUCAGUUUGGCCUCCUGCAUGAGUUCUUCAGUCCAAUGGAAAAACUGUUCUUGAGAGGGAAAUGUUCUGCAACCUUAGAUAUUCACUUCCUUCCCUUUCAUCAGGAAAAGCGUUACUGCACUGUCAUGCUGGUUAAUGAAAAGAUUGGAGACUUUGUGUACCUGCUUGAGGGAACGGGUGAUUUACCUCUGUCUUCAGAAUUGCCUGCCUUGGAUAGUCCAAAUGUUUUGCAGGCUACCUCAGAAGAUGCAAGCCCAGCACAGCCAGUUUUAUAUUUGAAAUGUGGACUUGGUCAGACUCUGGAGGAGAAUCUGAGGAUUCCAUUGAUCAAUGAGGCAAGAGAGAGGGCCCUGGCUCUGGCUGCACAGCAGCAGAUGUCAUCUGUUGAGUAUGAAAGGAGAUUGAUGACUGGGACUCUGCAGAGCAGCAGCGUUCGAGUUGCAACUGCAUUGCUGGGGCUGUCCAGAGUAGAGAGACAUGCACUUCUGGAACCUCGCAGGCACCCCUCCGAGCUGAAGUACGUGGAUUACAGUGUAGAAGUGAGCAUGAACAACCUCUUUGAAGUUCCCAAAAAGUUCUCUAUUCCAGUGUUAUCUUCAGCCAGAGUUAAUUUGGACACUUCAUUAGUCCCUACAUCUCAGAAAACAGGUGGAAGUGAUACAGUUGAGUUUCCUAUAAAAUUCACUCCUAAGAAACCUGGUUGCUACCACUGUCAGAUUAUUCUGAAGUCACCCUGUGAUAUUCGUGUCUAUGAGAUUGAAUGUGUGGUGAAUGCAGAGCAGGCUGAUGCACAGAUUGAAUUUCUAACUCCAGCUUACCAGACAGUGACUCAGGAAAUUCCAAUUAGUAACAUAUCCAGUGAGGACUGGAGGUUUGAAGCAGUUUUGGAAGGACAGUGUUUUCAUGGCCCUCCUGUAAUAAAUGUGCCUGUAGGUGGAACAGUUCCAUAUCCACUCACGUUCAAGCCGGUUGCUGAGUGUGAAAUAAUGGGAAGGCUUAUUCUGAGAAAUGUUACAGCUGGAACUCAGAACAUCUUUAGUCUUAAGGGAAUAGGGAAGAAACCUCUGCCUCAGGAUUGCAUUGUGAUAGAGUGCCAAGUGGGAAAGGUCGCUCAUAAAAUCUUAUGGGUGCACAAUUAUACCAAGAAGGUGCUAAAAUACAAGGUGUAUUCCAAUCUCUCAAUGCUGAGUGGUGCCCCUGAUGUAACUGUCAACCCAGAGGACACUGCUGCUUACACUUUGAGUAUAUCUCCCUGCAGACGAGGAGUCUUUCAAGGUGUAAUUUCAUUUGUUGCUCAAGAUGAAGACCAGCAGCAGCCUCAAGGCAGCAGCUCACCACAGAGAACAGAUGGCAAAAAAAAGGCCCUUCAGAAAAAGUCACCAAGGAUUUCAACAGCUCUUGAUGCAGCUAAAAUUGGAGAAAGUUCUACAAAUUGCAAAGUGUGGUUCUCCUUGAAGAUUUACAGCACACCUGCAGCAGCAGAAAAGACGAUAGAUGUGGACUGCAGAGCUCUGGAUACUGUUGGAAUUAAUAUUCCCAUCACUAAUCCUACCAAUAAAGUCCUCAAGAUGAAUGUGCUGCUGGACCAUUCAUCCCUUUUUGGAGAAAAAUCUUUCAUUAUCAAGCCCAAACAAACAUUUUCAUAUCACCUAGAGUUUUCUGCAGCUGCUCUUGGUGCUUUUGCUGGAAGUGUCAUGUUCCGGUCAGAUGUGAUUGGAGAAUUUUGGUACGCCCUGAAGUUCAAUGUAGACAAGCCAUUGCCAGCCCUGCUGCCUGAUGUGGGAUGUGAGCUUGGAAAAUGGGCUCAUACAUACAUACCUCUUGCUAAUCCUUCUCAUGAAACUCUGGAGCUACAAAUGAUUAACAGUAAUCCCACCCAUUUUGCAGUUGAGAUUGACCCAAAACAAACUUUUGGAGAGCGGAUAUUUCACCUGACGGGGUCUGGAGCUCCUCCGGAGCGCAUGGAAGCCAUCACCAUAAGUGCCUGCAUUGGAGAAUACUCCUCUGCCAUCGUAUCCUUCGAAAAUCCAACUGCUGAGAAUGUGGUGGUAGAUAUUGUGCUGGCAGAUCAGGAGCUGUUGAAUCAGCAUCUGAGUGCAUCUGUCCUGUCCCAGGCCACCUGUAAGGAAUCUGUUUUUCAACUUCUGGUUAAACAGCCACAAGGAAUCCUAUUAGCUCCCAAAGAAAAACUGGAAAUCCCCGUGUUAUUCAUGCCAGCUGAAAUGAAAAUUUAUAAAACAGUGGUGGUAAUUAAUGUAAUGAGGGAAAAGGGUGAAAACUGGCCUUAUGAAGUUACUGCUGAAUCAAAUACAGAUUUAAACAGAAAUGUUAUUGUAGCAGAGAAUGGGGAAACUCAGGGAAUACUCUGGAUCUAUCCCAUUAAUGGAACAUCUGAAGCACCACAGCAGAAAUCAGUUGUGAUACGCUGUCAAGCCAGGCAGAGGCUGGAGCAGAGAGUAGAGCUGCUGCUGAUUGGUAUCAAACCUGCUGCCACUGCUCUGCCUGAUGCAGGGAACGCUGCCGUGGUCGACACGGAAGAGUUGUCCAACACCCCAGAAGUCACUGAUGAUUCCUCUGCAACACUGGAGUUUCUGUAUAAAUUGCAAUAUCAAUCAGAUGAAAUUAAAUCUCAGCUUGAAUCUUUGCUUGGUAUGGAGCUGGUUGAAAAAGAAUGGGAUCAAGAAUCCAGAAUUGUAACACUGAUCUUUAACGUAGUGUUUGCACCUAGCAAACCAAUGAGGAAUGAGGCAACUGUUGUAAUUCAGUGUACUUCAGGAGGCCUUUGGAAGUUUCCAUUGGUGUUCAUUGCCACAGAGCCAGAAGUGGAUGAUGUGAUAAACAUUGAAGCAGUUGGCCUGAACAAGGAAUCCAUAGUUGGCUUUAAGCUCACAAGCCAGACAAGGUACCCAGAGGCAUUCACUGCACGCUUCCUGGCGGGCAGUGAUCCCGAUUUCCUUGUGAGGCCACAAGCUGGAGAGCUUCUCCCAGCAGGCACUGUGGGAACCCCUAUAACAGUGGGAUACAAGCCAAGGAUGUAUGGCAAGAAGCACAGAGCAACACUGGUCAUCGAGACACAAUCAAUGCAGUGGACAUAUAUAAUCAAUGGACUUCCUCCAAAGACUGUCCCAUCUACAGUGGCAGCAAAAGUAGUUUGCACCAGCAGCUACACAGGAUCAUUCACAGUCCGACAGCGCAAUUUUAUACGUGAAAAUCUGAAACUUAUAACCACUGGAGCAUCCUCACCAAUCAAAGGAGCACCUUUAGUCCUUAGGAACAAACAGAGAAAGUUAUAAUCUGUUCAUUUUGGUAAGAGAACAAAUAAAUUCUGCAUAUAAAAAGAA